AUGGGGAAAUUCUUCCAAUCUUCCCGCGAAUUUGAGAAAGAUUGCCGACGUAGAUAUCCUAAAUACACGCGAGACAACUGGGAGGAAUUGAGACACGAAUGGGAACCUUACGCUAAGAGAGACACUUUCUGUUUGGGUGCUUGUUUGAUAAAAUACAACCAAGUCACGAAAGAAGUUGUAAACCAAAAUAUGUCCAAUAAUCUAACGGCUCCAUCUUUAUCUUUAAAGGGUUGGUAUUAUUUAUAUCAUUACGAUAAAGAAAUGGUGGAAGAAGAAUGGUAUGAAACUACUAGAAUGGUUGCGAAACAUACCGAAAAAGAAAAUAUAGAAAAAGUUUAUUCGCACACUAAUCCUUUUAUAAGAAAUUUUAUCAGACGAUCUAUUAAAGGAGGAAGAGUUUCGGCAAAUAGAAAAUCAUUUGAAACGAACAAAAUGGAUGAAAUUUGUAACGUAUUAAAGGAAUAUAUUUCACAAAAAUACAGCGCAAGCACAAAAGACAAAACGGAAGUUCUUUCGAGACUUAAAAAAAUAGAAUGUACUAAACUAAUGGCAUUUGAUGCUAACGGUUUAUACGCUUCCGCCAUGUCGGAUUUAGACAGUGAAUAUCCGAGAGCCGAAAGUGGAAGACCGUUUCUACCACUAGAAGAAAAAGAAUUUGUAAAACUCUUCAAUAAACAAAAAUUCAGACCUAGAACAGCUAUUUUAACAGUGUGGUUUGACUAUCCCAAAAACACGUUCUUCCAACCGAUAUCAGCUAAAGAUAAAAUCACUUUCACGAAUAAAGAAGGUAAAAAGGAAACGGGUAACAAAAUCAGGUUCAGAAAUGGUUUCUGUCACGACGUUUUAACAUCGGUCGAUAUUCAAGAAAUAGUGAAAGCCGGUGGACGAAUUAUUAGAAUAUUAGAUGGUAUAGUUUACGAAGAAAAUUUUAAAACUCCACCCUAUAGAGAUUAUAUUUUAAUUUUGAGAGAUUUAAGAAAUAAAUAUAAACGAGAAGGUAAUAUCGUGGGUAGUAAUUGCAUGAAAUUAUUAGGUAAUUCCUUGUAUGGUAAAUCAAUUCAGAAAGACAUAUUCACAACUAGACAUUUAUGGAAUGAAGCAACUUUACAGGCCAACUUUGAUUCACGCGUUAAAACCUAUGAGAAAAUUAAUGAUACUCAAUAUAUUGUUGAAACAGAAAUUGAAGAAAAAGAGAUUACUAUCGAAGACAGUAAAUCUACACGACUAACACCUAGUCAUUUGGGGUCAUUCGUUUUAUCUCACAGUAAAAAAAUAAUGAACAAUUUCAUUCACGUCAUAAAUGGAUUUUAUAAACCCGAAAUAUACUAUACCGACACCGAUAGUUUGUACAUUUCAUCCAAAAAUUGGAAAAAACUAAACAGAGCUGGUUUGGUCUCCGAAAAAGACUAUUGCAAAGGUAAAAACGAUUACGGUGACGGUGGAAUUAUAUUUGGUUUAUAUUUAGCACCAAAAGUCAAAUACAACAUCGUUCUAACUUCUGAUGGUGUUUUAAAAGAAAAGAAAACGUUUAAAGGUUAUUCUAAUGAUAAGAUAAGUGUAGAAGAUUACGUUCAGUUAGCAAGCGGACAUGAUGUGUCGAACGAAUUUAAUAAACCAUGGGAAAAAAGUUUCACCAAUGGGGUAGUUAUUCCAAAUGAUAAACAAACUAAAGUUUUUAGAAGUUAUUUGAAUAAUGUUAAAAGAAAACCACCAAACAGUGAAGGAAUUAUGUAUCCUUACAACGACAAAGAUGAGUAUAGUUUUGACGAAAACUAUGAAUUUGAUGAUUUCGAUUAUCUUUCUAAUCAAGAAGAGAAUGAAGAUUGUUUUAAAUGA